GGUGGUUCAACAUACACUGUAGAUGUUUUAGUAGAGUACGGUAGCGUAGACAGUAGAAUUAACGACCAUCAGAUCUACACUGUCACGUGUACAUUUGAUGAUCAUGGUGUUGACAGAUCUCCUACACAUCAAAUUACACAGGGACGUAUGGCGCCUAAAUUGAUUCUUUUCAAUUCUGGGUCAGUUGUUGCUAGCAGUGCCUUUCAAAUCAGACUACAAUCUGUUGCUGGACGGGAUAUUGUUGGUCCCAUAGAUCUAAAUCAUAAAGUCACAAUUUUAGCCACGUCAAGUGGAAUAAAUGGUGAAGUUGGCUUGAGACCCGUUAGUUGUGAUGCUGUUGGACAGAAAACAAACUCCAGAUAUUCAGUUUUAAAAGCAGGAUGUGGAGAUGGAGCUGUCUUUGAAAAAUCGGCUGGGUUCAUCACCAAGGGGAGAACGUCACGAAGUCCUUACUUCAAAACAUUUCAUCUACAUGAUGACUCCCAGUUAUCUUUCGAGUGUAAUUUUACUCUGUGUUUUACAAACUGUGACGGAGACUCGUGUGCAGUGGACUGUGGUAAACCAAGAGUUGUUUUAAACGCCGGUCGUAAAUAUACGAGCACCAACUAUCAGUCGAUGGUUAAAUAUAAGUGUAAUGCUGGGUAUAUCCAAAGUGGUCAAGGAUUAUCAUCCUGCGGCGCGGAUGCAGUCUGGACAACUCCGAUAAUUUCUUGUACAAUUGUUAAUUGUCGACCACCAACAUUCGCAAUAGCUGGAGCUACCGUGUCGUUUAAAACGACAACAUUUGGAUCGACAGCCACCUACAGCUGUGUGAAGGGUUUAAAUGAGGUGGGGUUUGGUAACACAACUUGUACAGCAAAUGGUAAAUGGUCACAACCAACGCUGACGUGUUCGACUAAAGUUGUGAAUUGUGGUAGAAUACCAUUUGUUGGUAAUUCUAAACCAACAUAUACAACAACUACUUAUAGAUCAAGAGCUGAAUAUAGAUGUAUAACAGGUUAUAUUGGUAGUGGUACAACAACGGCAGUUUGUCAAUCAAAUGCGAAAUGGACAUCACCAACACUCCGAUGUACAAUCAGAAAUUGCCAGCAUCCAAGAUAUGUGGUUCCAAACUCCUCUUUGAGUGUAAAGUCAACUACAUACGGUUCAAGAGCUACAUAUACAUGUAAAACUGGUUUUAAACAAACCGGUACUGGUUCAAUUUCCUGUGAGUCGAAUGGUGUAUGGUCGGUUCCGCGAAUAUCUUGUACAACUAUAAUUUGUCCUAGCCCACGAUUUGUAGUCCCCAAUUCCACUUUGAGUGUAAGUUCAACUAGAUACGGUUCAAGGGCUACAUAUACAUGUAAAACUGGUUUUAUACAAACUGGUCCCGGUUCAACUACCUGUGGAACUAAUGGUACAUGGUCAACACCAUUCAUUUCGUGUAAAAUUAGAAAUUGUCAGCGUCCAAAAUUUACGGUGCGGAAUUCCUAUUUGACGUUAAGCAGUACGACUUACCGAUCAACAGCUACAUACAGAUGCAGCACUGGUUACAAACCAACCGGUUCUGGUUUAAUUAGAUGUUUGUCUAAUAGCCAAUGGUCAACACCAGCAAUAUCAUGCAGUAAUAUCAUAUGUCCUAGUCCACGAUUUUUAGUCCCCAAUUCCACUUUGAGUGUAAGCUCAACUACAUACGGUUCAAGGGCUACAUAUACAUGUAAAACUGGUUUUAUACAAACUGGUUCCGGUUCAACUACCUGUGGAAAUAAUGGUACAUGGUCAACACCACUCAUUUCGUGUAAAAUUAGAAAUUGUCAGCGUCCAAAAUUUACGGUGCGAAAUUCCUAUUUGACGUUAAGCAGUACCACUUAUGGAUCAACAGCUACAUACAGGUGCAGCACUGGUUACAAACCAACCGGUUCUGGUUUAAUUAGAUGUUUGUCUAAUAGUCAAUGGUCAACACCAGCAAUAUCAUGCAGUACUAUAAUUUGUCCUAGCCCACGAUUUGUAGUCCCCAAUUCCACUUUGAGUGUAAGCUCAACUACAUACGGUUCAAGGGCUACAUAUACAUGUAAAACUGGUUUUAUACAAACUGGUUCCGGUUCAACUACCUGUGGAACUAAUGGUACAUGGUCAACACCACUCAUUUCGUGUAAAAUUAGAAAUUGUCAGCGUCCAAAAUUUACGGUGCGGAAUUCCUAUUUGACGUUGAGCACCACGACUUAUGGAUCAACAGCUGCAUACAGGUGCAGCACUGGUUAUGUACAAACGGGUUCUGGUUUAAUUAGAUGUUUGUCUAAUAGUCAAUGGUCAACACCAGCAAUAUCAUGCAGUAAUAAAUGUCCUAGCCCGCGAUUUAUAGUCCCCAAUUCCACUUUGAGUGUAAGCUCAACUGCACACGGUUCAAGGGCUACGUAUACAUGUAAAACUGGUUUUAUACAAACUGGUCCCGGUUCAACUACCUGUAGAACUAAUGGUACAUGGUCAACACCACUCAUUUCGUGUAAAAUAAGAAAUUGUCAGCGUCCAAAAUUUACGGUGCGGAAUUCCUAUUUGACGUUAAGCAGUACGACUUACCGAUCAACGGCUACAUACAGGUGCAGCACUGGUUACAAACCAACCGGUUCUGGUUUAAUUAGAUGUUUGUCUAAUAGUCAAUGGUCAACACCAGCAAUAUCAUGCAGUAAUAUCAUAUGUCCUAGUCCACGAUUUGUAGUCCCCAAUUCCACUUUGAGUGUAAGCUCAACUACAUACGGUUCAAGGGCUACAUAUACAUGUAAAACUGGUUUUAUACAAACUGGUUCCGGUUCAACUACCUGUGGAACUAAUGGUACAUGGUCAACACCACUCAUUUCGUGUAAAAUUAGAAAUUGUCAGCGUCCAAAAUUUACGGUGCUGAAUUCCUAUUUGACGGUAAGCCGUACGACUUAUGGAUCAACAGCUACAUACAGAUGCAGCACUGGUUAUGUACAAACAGGUUCUGGUUUAAUUAGAUGUUUGUCUAACAGCCAAUGGUCUACACCAGUAAUAUCAUGUAGUAUGGGAAAAUGUAAAAGACUAAGCUUCGUGGUACCAAACAGCACCCUCAGUCUUGAUUUAACCAAUCGAAGAGCUGUAUAUCGUUGUAUAACCGGUUUCUUACAAAAUGGCCCCGGUACAAUCAAUUGUAAUGUUGCUGGUUCCUGGUCAAAACCACAGAUAAACUGUACAAUUGUGGAUUGUGGUAAAAUACCAGUUGUUGGUAAUUCUAAACCAACAUAUACAACAACAAUUUAUAAAUCAACAGUUACAUAUAGAUGUUUACCGCGUUAUGUAGCGAGUGGGGGUAUUACUAAUGCAGUUUGUCAAGCAAAUGGAAAAUGGUCUUUACCUACAAUAACUUGUAAAGAAUCUGUAUGUGGGCUACCACCAAUUAAAUUAAAUACAGAAUUAUCAAUAAAUUCUACUGGAAUAAAUGCUGUGGCAUUAUAUGUAUGUAGUAAUGGAUUUGAAUUCCGCUCUGGAAAUGGUACGAUAACUUGUUUAUCAACAAAACAAUGGACAAACAGUUCUCUUAUCUGCAAUCUGAAAGAUUGUAAGAAACCUAAUUUAAAUAUAGCUAAUACCAAUGUGAGUUAUCUGUCCACAACCUACGGGUCACGUGCUACAUAUCAAUGUAAUACUGGUUAUAACAAAGUCGGCUCUGAUGCGUCUACAUGUGGUGCUGAUGGACGGUGGUCAAAGCCAACACUUACUUGUACUGUUGUGGAUUGUGGUAAAAUACCAGUUGUUGGUAAUUCUAAACCAACAUAUACAACAACAAUUUAUAAAUCAACAGUUAAAUAUAGAUGUUUACCGCGUUAUGUAGCGAGUGGGGGUAUUACUAAUGCAGUUUGUCAAGCAAAUGGUAAAUGGUCUUUACCUACAAUGGCUUGUAAAGAAUCUGUAUGUGGGUUACCACCAAUUAAAUCAAAUGCAGAAUUAUCAAUAAAUUCUACUGGAAUAAAUGCUGUGGCAUUAUAUGUAUGUAAUAUUGGAUAUGAAUUCCGCUCUGGAAAUGGUACGAUAACUUGUUUAUCAACAAAACAAUGGACAAACAGUUCUCUUAUCAUCUGCAAUCUGAAAGAUUGUAAGAAACCUAAUUUCAAUAUAACUAAUUCCAAUGUUAGUUAUCUGUCCACAACCUACGGGUCACGUGCUAUAUAUCAAUGUAAUAUUGGUUAUAAGAAAGCCGGCUCUGAUGCGUCUACAUGUGGUGCUGAUGGACUGUGGUCAAAGCCAACCAUUACUUGUACUGUUGUGGAUUGUGGUAAAAUACCGGUUGUUGGUAAUUCUAAACCAACAUAUACAACAACAAUUUAUAAAUCAACAGUUAAAUAUAGAUGUUUACCGCGUUAUGUAGCGAGUGGGGGUAUUACUAAUGCAGUUUGUCAAGCAAAUGGUAAAUGGUCUUUACCUACAAUGACUUGUAAAGAAUCUGUAUGUGGGUUACCACCAAUUAAAUCAAAUGCAGAAUUAUCAAUAAAUUCUACUGGAAUAAAUGCUGUGGCAUUAUAUGUAUGUAAUAUUGGAUAUGAAUUCCGCUCUGGAAAUGGUACGAUAACUUGUUUAUCAACAAAACAAUGGACAAACAGUUCUCUUAUCAUCUGCAAUCUGAAAGAUUGUAAGAAACCUAAUUUAAAUAUAGCUAAUUCCAAUGUGAGUUAUCUGUCCACAACCUACGGGUCGCGUGCUAUAUAUCAAUGUAAUACUGGUUAUAACAAAGCCGGUUCUGAUGCGUCUACAUGUGGUGCUGAUGGACGGUGGUCAUUGCCAACAAUCACUUGCACUGUUGUGGAUUGUGGUAAAAUACCAGUUGUUGGUAAUUCUAAACCAACAUAUACAACAACAAUUUAUAAAUCAACAGUUAAAUAUAGAUGUUUACCGCGUUAUGUAGCGAGUGGGGGCAUUACUAAUGCAGUUUGUCAAGCAAAUGGAAAAUGGUCUUUACCUACGAUGACAUGUAAAGAAUCUGUAUGUGGAUUACCACCAAUUAAAUCAAAUGCAGAAUUAUCAAUAAAUUCUACUGGAAUAAAUGCCGUGGCAUUAUAUAUAUGUAAUAUUGGAUAUGAAUUCCGCUCUGGAAAUGGUACGAUAACUUGUUUAUCGACAAAACAAUGGACAAACAGUUCUCUUAUCAUCUGCAAUCUGAAAGACUGUAAGAAACCUAAUUUCAAUAUACGUAAUUCCAAUGUGAGUUAUCUGUCCACAACCUACGGGUCACGUGCUAUAUAUCAAUGUAAUACUGGUUAUAACAAAGCCGGCUCUGAUGCGUCCACGUGUGGUGCUGAUGGACGGUGGUCAAAGCCAACCAUUACUUGUACUGCUGCGGAUUGUGGUAAAAUACCAGUUGUUGGUAAUUCUAAACCAACAUAUACAACAACAAUUUAUAAAUCAACAGUUAAAUAUAGAUGUUUACCGCGUUAUGUAGCGAGUGGGGGUAUUACUAAUGCAGUUUGUCAAGCAAAUGGAAAAUGGUCUUUACCUACAAUGACUUGUAAAGAAUCUGUAUGUGGGUUACCACCAAUUAAAUCAAAUGCAGAAUUAUCAAUAAAUUCUACUGGAAUAAAUGCUGUGGCAUUAUAUAUAUGUAAUAUUGGAUAUGAAUUCCGCUCUGGAAAUGGUACGAUAACUUGUUUAUCAACAAAACAAUGGACAAACAGUUCUCUUAUCAUGUGCAAUCUGAAAGAUUGUAAGAAACCUAAUUUAAAUAUACCUGAUUCACAUGCGAGUUAUCUGUCCACAACCUACGGGUCACAUGCUGUAUAUCAAUGUGAUACUGGUUAUAAGAAAGUCGGCUCUGAUGCGUCCACAUGUGGUGCUGAUGGACUGUGGUCAAAGCCAACCAUUACUUGUACUGUGCACAUUUGCUAUAUUCCUAACUUCAUACUUCCAAAUACUGAGUUAGACAUAGGUGAGACAACAUAUGGUUCCAUUGCUACAUAUAGCUGUAAGUAUGGCUAUAUAUCUACGGGUUCUGGUAGAAUUUUCUGUGGGUCUACAGGAAACUGGACAAAACCAACGAUAUCAUGUACAGCCUCUGCUUGUGGGCUACCAGCUAAAAUACAAAAUGCAGCUGUUAAAGUUAAAUCUGUAUCGAUCAACGGUACAGCAACAUACACAUGUGAUACUGGCUAUACAAUAAAUACUGGAAGUAAAACAAUAACUUGUUUAUCAACAAAACGCUGGUCAACAACUAUAUUUAGCUGUAAACUUGUGGAUUGUGGUAAAAUACCAGUUGUUGGCAAUUCUAAACCAACAUAUACAUCAACAGUUUAUAAAUCCAUUGUUUCAUAUCAAUGUCAUCACGGGUAUGUUAGUACUGGGAAUGGAACUACAGUUUGUCAGGCAAAUGCAAAAUGGUCUUUACAGACUCUCACUUGUAAAGCAUCAAUAUGUGGAAUCCCCCCGCCAAUAACAUAUACAGAUUUAACAGUAAAUUCUGUAACUGUGAAUGGUACCGGUGUGUAUGCAUGUAGUAUAGGGUUUAAACCGAAAUCAGGAAACGGUUCAAUAACAUGUUUAGACACGAACAAAUGGUCCACGUCAUCUCUAGUUUGUACCCUGUCAUGUGAGGGGAAGCCACAGUUCCUAAUUCCUUAUUCUAGCCUGUCAAUAAAGGGCAGUCUUGCUACCUACACAUGCUCAGCAGGAUUCUCUAGAUUUGGAGAUGGAUUUACAAGCAGAUGUAUUAAAAGUAAUUGGACGCAACCAGCUUUUCGUUGUAAACCUUUGGAUUGCGGGAAACCUGACAAGAUGCCUCACUCCACAUUCUCGUAUCUACGUACAACUUAUAGAUAUACAGCAACUUACAAAUGUAAUGUAGGUUAUAUACAGAGCGGUAUAGAUUUUAUCAGCUGUGGUCCUGAUGGCAAGUGGUCAUCCAACAAAUUAAUCUGCACUAUAAUGGAUUGUGGUCAACCAAAGUUUGUAUUAGAAAAUGCAGCUGCAGUCGUAAAUAAGACAGUUUACCUUUCGAGUGGUAAUUAUAAAUGUAAUGCAGGUUAUACCAAAAUUGGUAAUGGACACAUUACAUGCGGUGCCGAUGGAAAGUGGACGAAACCAUCCCUGUUUUGUAAAGGUGUAAACUGUGGUCAGCCUGAAGCCAAAAUAGGAAUCACUGUAUUAAAGUCGUUCAAUAAAACGCAUUAUGGCGCUACAGCUGUUUACAAAUGUCCGGAUGGUUUUCAUCAAGUUAACGGUACAAAGGCCGAGAUCACGUGUUUACAGGAUGCAAAAUGGGCCGCAGUAACCCUCAAAUGUAUAGAGACUGUUUGUGGUACAGCGCCAGUCAUACAUAAUUCCUUAAGGGUCGUCACCAGCCAUAAGGCUGAAGGUGUAGCAACGUAUAAAUGUAAGGCUGAUUUUGAAACUGUUGGUGUAUUUACACCGGCUAAGUGUCAGUUGAAUGGAGUAUGGACAAAACCUACAGGUUCCUGUGAAGUGAUUAAUUGUGGUAAAGCACCAGUUAUAAACAAUACUAUGCUAUCUACAAACUCAACUCUGUAUAAAACCGUGGUAACCUACACGUGUAUACAUGGUUAUGAUGGUACUGGUAAUGGAACAGCAGUCUGCCAGAGAAACAAAACCUGGUCUCAAACCACUUUUGUUUGUACAGUGACAAAGUGUGGAAUACCGGAAGCACAUGCUGAUUCUGUUCUGAUUAUGGACCACUCAAAAAACGGGACAGAAGCUAGAUAUGAAUGUAAAAAAGGAUAUAAGCAAAUAGGCGGAAGCAAUAAAAUAUUUUGUUUGAGAGCUAUUUGGAGUACAGCCAAACCAAUCUGUGAAGUUAUUGAUUGCGGAAAGGCUCCUCUUGCCCCCGGGAAUAGUACAACAGCUAAACAAGCUUCAACUACAACUUAUGGCGCCACUGUCAUAUUUAAAUGUAAACCAGGAUACUUCAAAACGUCUGGUGUGUAUGGAUCAAGCUGUCAAUUAAAUGGUACCUGGGCAGCACCCACUCUUGUCUGUAAAGAGAACGUCAAUUACUGCAGCCUCGCCAGCGUGGUCAGGUUUCACAAUUCUCGGCCCUUCAUAACUACUGGAAAACUUGGCGAUAAAGUUACUUAUGUCUGUGAAAUCGGCCAUGACAUGGUAGGAAAGGGAGUCUCUGAAUGUGUAGUGUCCGGGAACUGGACAGACCCACAGACAAAGUGUAUACCUGUCGACUGUGGUAUACCAUACGUUCCACCCGGUGCUAACGUCACCUACAAUAAAACAGUAUUACGGUCUAGUGCUCAAUUUGUAUGUGGUAAAGAAUAUGCAAUGAGGGGUUUAAAUGUUAUAAUAUGUUCAGCCAAUGGUCAAUGGACACGUGGACCUAUAUGUAUUAAAAAGGUUUCUGGUUGUGGGCCUCCUCCAUACUAUCCCUUAAAGAGACCAUUAACACCCAGAUCGACAGCUGAAGGGUCCAGGGCAUUCUACCGAUGCGUGGCGGGCUAUCAACCGUCUGGUAGUGCGAUUUCUAUUUGUUUGUCAGGCACAUGGUCAAAACCACCAGUCAUUUGUACAGCGUUGGGUUGAAAUAAAUUUAUCCAAGUUC